AAUGCACACCAUCAGGUGAAGGGAAUCCUGGGAGGAUCAGUCUUGUUUCCUGCCAACGUAUCUCAAGGAAUAACAGUGGAGAAAAUGGAAUGGGACUUUUACCCCCAAAGGGGUGGCCUGGGCUUGUGGCUGGGGGAAUUCAGACAUGGGAAUCUGGAGCACCCAAGUCCCACUGACCGGUUUGGACAACGGCUAGACAUGGUGGACGAGACAACUCUGAGGAUCAGAGACCUGGAGUUGGAUGACGGUGGGACCUACAAUGCUCGCAUCUGGUUUACUAAGGCACAGUUUCAAGAACAGAGUUUCAGCCUCACUGUUUAUGAGCCAGUGCCAACACCAAGCAUACUCUUUCAGGAAGUCUUCCAGACUUCGGAGGGAUGCAGUGUGACCCUGCAAUGCCAGGCACCUGGAAGGGAAGAAUUCAGUAUCUCAUGGAAAAGGGGGAAUCCCCCAAGGGCAUUAGGAAACAGUCUGUAUGGGGACUUUCAGCUUUCUGACAAUGGAAGGAAACUCCGUGUCUUCUGGCGCAAAGGCUCUUCGGACUCUGCCUUCACUUGCCUGCUUAGCAAUUCUGUUGGCCAAAAGAAUGCCUCCUUUGAAUUGCUCAAAAUCUGCCCAAGUGAUGAGGGUGAGUAA